AUGUCCUCGUUUUAUGGAUUAAUUAUGAAACCGUACUGUAAGUACACCCAGCAAGUGACCAAGGCAUUUCACAUCUCCAGUGUGGCUAUUGAUGAGGGAGAAUAUGCCAAAUUAUAUAUGACUAUUAAGAAUGAAAAAUAUGUUGUGGCAACCUUAUCACACGGUACUCCGCAAACUGCACUCGACUUGAACUUCAGCAAGGGCGAACGCGUGGUACUCGAAUCGAUGGGCAAUGCAACCAUUUGCUUGCUUGGCUACUCGUAUCCCACCGAUGGCUCCGAUGACGAUGAAUCCAUUCUGAUAUCAUCGGAUGGCGAGGUCACGGCCAGCGAUGUGGAAAGCCGCCAUAGAGAGUAUCAGCCAACAGAUGAGGCUCAAGCCAAUCUUCCAUUCGACGAACUGCAGCGAACUGUACAGGAGAAUUACUUUGAUCAUGAUAUGGAGGAUGAUCUGCGCUCUGACGAUUACAGUGCGGGCGAUGCCCAUUUCAAGUCCGAAGAUGAUAUGCCACUGGAGCCCAAAAAAUCGAAAGAGCCAAUAUUGACCGAGGCCAAAAAGCUGGUGCAAAAGGUCAUCGUGGCGGUGCUCAACAAGGAGAAUGAAAAUAUCGUAAAAUUGGGUGGUAAGCGUCGCAAUACUUGGCCCAUAGAUGGCGCUUUUGCCAAUCGCGAGGAUACACUCGACAUCAAGUCGGAAAGCUCAGAUGAUGAAUCGAAAUGA